AGGGCAGAGAUACUCUUAUGGCAGGUUAACCACUUAGCCUUUGCAGUUCAGUCCCUUCGAUACUACGAUGUUUGUUUCACUUGUUCUGCUAUGGCUCUGCGUUUUCUUCGUGAUUCUUCAACUCUGGCCCAAGAGGCCAAAGAACUUUCCACCAGGACCGCCUGCUCUGCCCAUACUGGGGAACAUUUUGCACCUGAGAAUCCAAAAUCCCCUGGAAGACUUAGAGAGGCUGAGGAAGUCUUAUGGAAAUGUCUACAGUCUGUUCAUCGGUCCUAAUCUAGCUGUUGUCAUCAAUGGGGUGAAGGUCAUGAAGGAGGCUAUAGUGACCAAGGCGACCGAUUUUGCUGGACGACCUCAAGACCUGUUUAUCAAUGAUGUCACCCACAGAAAAGGAGUGAUUCUGGUCGAUUAUGGAACAAGCUGGAGGGAGCAUCGUCGCUUUGCUCUGAUGACUUUCAGAAAUUUUGGUCUUGGGAAGAAAUCAAUGGAAGAGAGAAUUCAUGACGAGAUCCAAUACAUCAUUAAAACACUGGACAAGAACAUUGGCAAAGCUCUGAGUCCACAAGUGAUGUUUCAUAAUGCCGCCUCCAACAUCAUCUGCCAAGUUCUUUUUGGUACACGCUUCGAGUAUGAUGAUGACUUUAUCAGAGUAACUGUUCGGUGCUUCACUGAGAUUUCCAAAAUAACCAAUGGACCAUGGGCGAUGCUUUAUGACUCUUUUUCCUUUAUUCGAAACCUGCCACUACCCUUCAACAAGGCCUUCAGGAAUGUUGAGACUAUGAAAAACCUUUUAAUUUGUUUGGUGAAUGAGCACAAGAAGAGCAGAGUCCCAGGAGAGCCACGACACUUUGUGGACUGCUAUCUGGAUGAACUGGAAAAGAGACCGGAUGAUCCUUCAUUUUCAGAAGAUCAACUCAUUAUGUACGCUCUCGAUCUUCACUUUGCUGGGACUGAUACGACCUCCAACACCCUGCUAACUGGCUUUCUUUACCUUAUGAACCACCCACACAUUCAAGAGCGAUGUCAGCAAGAGAUUGACAAGGUGUUGGAGGGGAAGGAUCGGGCCUGUUUUGAGGACAGGCACAACAUGCCCUAUAUGCAGGCUGUGAUCCAUGAAGUGCAGAGGAUUGCCAACACUGUUCCACUCAGCGUCUUCCACCGUACGACUAAAGACACAGAGCUCAUGGGAUAUUCUCUUCCAAAGGGUACAAUAAUCAUUCAGAACAUGAACUCAGUGCUGGAGGAGGAGGGUCAGUGGAAAUACCCUCAUGAAUUUAAUCCUGAAAACUUCCUCAAUGACCAGGGAGAGUUUGUUAAACCAGAGGCCUUCAUGCCUUUUUCUGCAGGUCCUCGGAUGUGUCUCGGAGAGGGUCUGGCUCGUAUGGAGCUCUUCCUCAUCAUGGUGACUCUGCUGAGGAAGUUUAAGUUCAUCUGGCCUGAGGAUGCAGGAGAACCUGACUACACUCCACUCUAUGGGAUCACUUUGUCUCCCAGACCUUAUCGCAUGAAGGUCCAACUCAGAUUAUCCCAGUGAAGUGGUCUCAAGACACACAGCAGAAACAGUGCAGAGUGACUCAGAUGUACAAAAAUUACAAGCAAAUCAGUAGAUCGAGGAUAAUAAAGGAGCUACCCUUGAUAGCAGUUAACUAUAGUUAGCUGGAUGGACAUUGUCCACUUAUGAACAUAUGGUGACAUAUCAUUAGUCCCUUCAACAAUUACUCUAUGAAGCUAUUAAUGUACAUUGUACAAUACUGCAUAUUAUAUCAACUGAAGGAAAGGAAUCCUCAUAGGAAUUUUCAUAUGUUUUAGUGAAACAAGAUACAGUUGUGAACAAAAGCUUACAUACACUUCUAAAAAGAUAUGUGUCCUGUCAAGAGGAGUGGUCAAACAUACAACCAAAAGUUUGCCAGAAGAGAUGCCCACCAAAAACUGAAUGUAUCUCUCAUUGUUUCAAGCUGCAUUUGACAGAAGGACUUAAACAUUUUAAAAUAUAUUUAUGGUAAUUGCAGGAUGUACAAUCUGCUAAUUCUGCUCUCUUCGCAAUAAGAAAAAGCGAGGUAUUUUGACUAACUAUUAAUGGCCAUUAAGCAUCAAUCUUCAAUAAGGGUGACCUAAUGAAGCCACUAAAAAUAAUGGGGGGUACAAAAAUGCCUAAAGUCAUAAACGAAUUUCAGGAAUUUGACAAAUCUAUAAUAACAUGUAAAACAGCUUAAAACUAUGCCAAUAUGAGACUAAGUUAAUUGGAUACUUUGGCCUCAUAUUUUAUUCUUGUUAUUACUAAUUAUCUGCUGUUCAAAGACUAAUAUAGGUACAGUUAACAUUUUGGUUCUUACAGUGACCACUAUUCAAAACAAGCCAGGAGAGGCGAUGCAAUACUCUUUAUGUGAUUGCUUGAUAUGUCUUUGGUAUAGAGUUGACUUUUUGCACACUUGGAGUGUAUCCAAGUAAUAUGGCAAGUAGUAUAAGAUAAGGUGGUGAUUCUUCUGCUGCAAUAUCUGAUUUAAAAAGUGCUAUAUCAGGUUAUAGUGUCAUUAUAGAUGGUCAUUCACCCUGUUAAUUCAUGCCAAUGAUACUAGGCUUAGACACAACAACCACAUCCAUCCAUCCAUCCAUCCAUACAUCCAUCCAUCCAUACAUCACUUGAUCCUCAUUAGGGUCACAGAUGGGCUGGAGUCUAUCCCAGCUGACUAAAAGUAAACUCAUUCAAUAAAAAUGUGACAAACUGAAUAAACUCAGACAAAAGAUUCCUACAAACAGAUGGUAACACCAAUAUAAACCUCAGCUCCAAUUAAUGCCAUGAGGUCUAUAUAUGCCUCUGUCAACAAAGGACACAUAAAGUGUGUCUUUUCAGAGAUGUUAAUGGCUGAGCCACAUAUUCAUUACAGUCAUCUAAUGAUGCUCUCAGUCACACUCAGAGACCGUAAAUGUAUUCAUUGUUGACUUCACUGAUACCCGAUCACUGGUUAACCUGACCUAGAUGAGCUGGGGUGCCCGUGAGGUGACUGAGAACUUCCAUGAACUUUUGUGAACUUUUAUGACCAUGGUGACUCAGCAGCAUUGUAGCUCCUGUUGUUUUUGUGUGAUUGCUUGAUUUGUCUUUGGUAUAAAGUUGACAAUUGCACACUUGGAGUGUGCCCAAGAAAUACUGCAAGACAUGCAUUGCGAAAUUUUUAAACUUUGAUUAUUGAUAAGCCAUAAUGUGUGAUAGAGAUUUUUGCAUAGAGUUCAACAACAUGUGGAUGAAAGGUCAUAGCGUUGUGGUGCUCAGUCUGUUUCUCAGGCCUUUAUUGCUUUCUCACAUUUAUUACUUACUGCAUUUUUCAUUGUAAUAUAAAGUUCCACAGGUCUAUCAAAACAGCAUAACCAUAGCUAGAAGUAGACAACACUCAAAAAUGUUUUCUGUUAAGAAUAAGUUUUGACGUCACAAAUCAUAAAAAAAGGAAUAAUAAAAAUUGAACUUUA